AUGACCCACGAUACCGGCACAAACAAUAUGGUUGCAAACGACACUGCCACAGGGCCAGACGCGAAGACUGUCGGCGCAACCCCAGCCAGCGAAGCGACAGUGUUCGUUGCGAGUCGGAUCCAUCGCAAAUCCUUGGAGUACGCUCAGCGCGUGUUUAAGCGUGUCGUCCAGCCCAACGUCGAUGGAUGGCCUCUGGAGAGGUGUCUGACUGAGUGUGACGCCGCGUUGGUCCGCGUGUUCGACUACCCUGCAGAAUACGUUGCGAAGGGCAAGCGCCUCAAGAUCAUUGCUCGUAACGGCACGGGAUACGAUUCCAUCAACUUGCCAGCAUGUAAAGAGCAUGGCGUGAUUGUGACCAACGUCCCUGGCGGCAAUGCGCCGGCUGUUGGCGAGCUCACCAUCGCCCUCGCCCUUGCCGUGAUGCGCCGUGUCGUCGAGACCAACAACCGUAUCCGCAGUGGAGAGCAGCUGCCUUCCAUCGACGCGCUCAGCAUCGGUCUCCGUGGCAAGACGGUCGGGUUGGUGGGCAUGGGCUCGAUCGCGUACGAGGCUGCCAAGCUAUUUGCGGCAUUCCAGUGCCCGAUCAUUGUCUACGCACCCACGUCCCCACCUGAACGCUGGAACGUCCCCAGCGAGCAGUAUCCCACUGCGGUCGCGCACACCCGUGCCGCGUCCCUCGACGAGCUGCUGCAGACGGCGGACGUCGUCUCGCUCCAUUGCCCGCUGACGGCGUCGACGCGCAACAUGAUCGGCGCGCGCGAGCUCGCACUGAUGAAGACGGAGAGCGUCCUCAUCAACACGUCGCGCGGAGGCAUGAUCGACGAAGACGCCCUCGCGGUCGCCCUCUCCACGGGCCAGAUUUACGGUGCGGGCCUGGACGUCAUGGCCCACGAGCCGGCGUUCGGCGCCAACUUGGGCGCGCUGCGCGACCUGCCAAACGUGGUCAUCUUGCCCCACUUGGGCGGCAGCACCGAGGCGACCACGGAGAUGGGGUGUAACGAGGCCAUUGACAUUAUCAGAGACUAUCUGGAUGGCAAGGGAGCGAGGAACCGCGUUGCGUAA